GCCGGUUCGGGGCCGGUUCGGGCCUGGGCCCGGCCGGGCCUCGGGCCAGAAAACUAGGGCCCGGGCCUGAACCGCCGGUGGGCGGUUCCGGUUCCGGGCCAAACCGGGCCGGGCCGGGCCGGGCCAACCGGUCUAUUUUUUUUUUUUUUUUUUGGUUCUCCUUUUUAACCCCCUACCCCUCCCCCUCAACCCCAAACCACCCCAAAUGGCCCAAAAUACCUAAUCCAACCCAAAACUUAAAAAAAAUUCAAAAAAAAAAAAUUAAAAUCCGGCCCGGACCGAGCCCGAACCGGCCGGGCGGUUCACCAAAAUCAGGGCCCGAGCCCGAACUGCCAUCCCACCGGGCCGGGUGGCCUGAACCGGUGCACCAACCGGUUGGCCGGUCCGGUCCGGUCCGGUCCGGGCCCGCACAGUAGCGGGCCGGUCCGGUUUCGGGCCGGUUGGCCCGGCCCGAGUCCACCCCUAGUUACUAUGCAAAGGGUUCCCGUGAUGUUUUAAAGAAGCCCUAGUUUUAAUUAGUUGCAUUAGUUUUGUAUCCAUUAUUAUAUUUGUUGUCAAUUAAUAUUUGUUACAUUUUUAAGAUGGAAGGUGGUAGAUAUUCGGUUGAUUUGGGUAACCUCCAACGCAAUCGAAGGAACGAGAUUGGGAGGAAGAAAUCUCGCAAAGGUAAAAAACUUACCGGUUCUUCAUCUCAAAGCCGAGAUGAUUUUGAAACGGGUUACCAAAGGCGAGAUGGAGAUGCGAUGUCCGAAGAACAACUCCAACAAGAAUUGGCCCGACAUAAUAACCGCUUUCUACAACAACAACAACAAAUGCCGACGACCAUUGACGAAGAGGAGCUUGAGGAUGAAGAUGCGGAGGAAUUGGAACCGGAGACGGCCGAGGAGGAGGGUGCCGGCAGCCACGACGCCGACGAGCCUGCCUCAUCCCAAACCGCCACCGGUAAUAAAAAAAGUAAGUCUGAACUAAUGAAAAAUAAUUUUGAUAAAUGGAAGGACCCACAAACCGGCUAUUGGCACGCAACUUGCAAGUGGUGCAACAACAAUUAUAGUUUGGGAACCUCCGGCGGAUACGGAUCCGCCGCAAGGCAUCUUAAGGCAAAGCACCCCGUGGAGUAUGCAAAAUUAGGCGGCGGAACAGGGAAGCAAACUCAAAUAUCGAGGUUUGCGAAUUCUCAACCUUUUGGUAAUUUCUCCUACAAUGAUGCACAAAAUUUGACUGGUAUGGCUAACUUAAUUUGUGAAGAAAAAUUGCCUUAUUUGUUUUCUGAAAGUCUUGCUUUAAGAGAUUAUGCACAAGGUAGUUUAAAUCCUCAAUUUAGAAAUUAUAGCCGCAAAACUGUUAAGAAAGAAAUAAUAAGGCUUUAUAAUGCGGAAAAGGUAAGGUUACAAAAAUUUUUUGCAAACUUUGAUGGGCAUGUUACUAUUUGUUCUGACAUAUGGGAGGAUGAUUUUCAUCAUUUAUAUUAUUUGGGUCUAACUGCACAUUAUAUUGAUGAGGAUUGGAAUAUGCAUAAACGUGUUCUUGCUUUUCGUGAAUUUAAUGAUCGUCACACCGCUGAACAUAUUUAUAUUUUGAUUGAGCGUAUUUUAAUUGAGUAUAAUUUGAUUGAUAAGGUGUUUGCUAUUGGUUUCGAUAAUGCUACUAAUAAUACUGCUGCUAUACCUAGAUUGCGUGAGUUGUGUGGUGCCAAUACUUUGAUGGGUAAAUUUUUUCAUCAACGGUGUGCAUGCCAUGUUAUAAAUUUAUGUGUGCAAGACGGUUUAAAAGCGUUAGGAGAUUCCAUGGAGGUAAUCAAGGGGGGAUUAGACGUAUUUGGGGUAAUGGUCAACUUAGAUUAAAAUGGCAAACUUAUUUGACUGAAAGAGGUGUGAGAUAUGUUGCUUUUCCUAAAGAUUUGAGUAUUCGUUGGAAUAGUACUUAUAAAUUACUUAAAGUUGUUCUUAGAUAUAAAGAACAUUUUCCUGCUUUUUUAAAAGAACAUGAUAACUAUAUUAUAAACGCGGCUGAGAUCGACACUUGCGAAAAAAUUUGUAAUGUUUUGAUAUAUUUUUUUAAUGCUACUGAAACUUUUAGUCAUGCUUAUAAACUACCGCAAACCAAUUUAUUCCACAAGUUGUUAAUCUCGUCGAUGCUUUUAAAGAAUUUCAGAAUGCCGUUUUCGUUCAUUAUUUUUGUGAUCAUAUGAAGGAAAAGUUUUUAAAAUAUUAUGCGCAUAUUCCCCAUAUUUAUGGUAUUGCAUUUAUUCUCGAUCCUCGUUAUAGACUUGCUAAUUUGGAAGAUUGUUUCAACUUCUAUUAUCUUGCGUUUUUUGGUGAAUUUCCAAUGUAUGACGAUAACCCCAUAGAUCCGAAAACGGAAUACAACGAGGUUAGUACUUUAUUUUAUGCCUUAUUUAAUGAGUUUCGUGCACAAUAUAGCAACACUCCCCCUCCCCCGUCACGAACAUCUUCAUCUAAAGGAAAAUCAAUUUUUAAAUCUGCAUUUGGCAAUCUUAUGAAAAAAACAAAAACAACUCACGUCACUGAACAAAGUGCAUUGAAUGAGAUUACUUUGUAUUUAACAUAUGAAGUUGAUUUUGAAGAAAAUGAUGACUUUGACGUUCUAGACUGGUGGAAGUCAAAAGAAAGAACGUUCCCGAUUUUAGCACGGAUGGCUAAGCAAGUACUAUCAAUGCCGAUUUUAACAGUUGCUGUGGAACAAGAAUUUAGUUCGGCCGGCAACGUCCUAAUGGCAUCUAGAUCGAGAUUGAGCGCGGAGUCUCUUGAGACGCUUAUAUGCUACCACGAUUGGUUGAAGGCCGCACGUAGAACUCAAGAAAUGAGCAUCACCCCCUCCCAAGAUUUUAUGGAUCACUCAACAACCGAUGGUGGCUCUACCUUUGCCGGAGAUUCCGAUUGAUUAGUAUUUUAGAAUUUAUUAUAAAAUGUAUUUUAUAGCACUUGUCAAAGUUAUUUAUACUUGUACUUCAUAUUUCAAAAUUGUAAACUUGUACUUCAUAUUUCAAAAUUGUAAAUUUGUAGUUGUACUUCAAAUUAAUUUGUAAACUUGUACUUCAUAUUUCAAAUAAAUAUGUGCUCACUUUUUCAUAUGUAGCACUUCUCAAAUUAAUUAAUUGGUUACAAACUAACGACUUAAAAUUAUUUUUCUAAAAUAUAAAGCCGGUUUUUAAAUUAAAAAUACAUUUACAAUAUGUAAUUUGUUUAAAUACUUAUACACCUAUUUUGUAACAUUUGUAAAUUAUAAAUCAAACCACUUUUCUAAGUACAAAUAGUUUUAGUUUUACUUAAUUCAUUAAAUUAAUUAAUUUAUUUUACAAUAAGUAUAACUUAAAAAAAAAAUUGAAAUCAAAGCUCCCAAACGGCUAUAUAGCCGUUGGGGCUAUGGGUGGGGGGCAGGGGGGUCCUGGGGGUGGUGGUGUGGGGAAUGGGGUUCAAAAACAUCUAUAAAUACAUCUAUUUUCUAACAUUUUUCUACACCUCUUCUCCAAUUCUUCUCCAACUCUUCUCCAUCUUCAUCUUCUCUUAUUAUCCUACAUUCCUACUUAUACAUAUACCUUUUUAAAUAUGGAAAGUACAUCUUCCCUUAUGCAAAACAAUUUUGACAAGUGGAAGGACCCGAAGACCGGACUGUGGUGGGCAACUUGCAGGUGGUGCAAGAAAGAGUGUUGCUUGGGGCAUUCAUACGGAUACGGGAUGCCAAUAAAACAUAUGAAGUCCUGUGACAAAGGAAAAACAACAACCAACGGUGGCGGAAAUCCCAAUUGAUAUUCAUUAUAAAAUGUAUUUCGUAUUGUUAUUUUUUUCUCAAUUCUCAAAUGUAGUUCUUAUUUCAAAUAAAUGCACUUGAACUUUGUUUUUAAUAGGAAUUUGUAUAAUAUAUAAUUAAUUAAAAAAAAUACUGGCCCGGCCCGGCGGGUGGCCCGACCCGUGACCCGGGCGGGUGGCCCGGCCCGAACCGGAACCGGCCAAUGCCCGGGCCGGUCCCGGGCCUACCAUUACAAGACCCGAGGCCCGACCGGGCCUUGACCCGGCCCGGGCUCGACUCGGCCCGGGUCCAUCACUACCUGGGCCGGUACCGGGCCUUCAUCCCAAAACCCCAGUCCGGCCAGAGGCCCGGUCCACCCCUAGUGGAGCAUACGGAUAUUUUUGUAGAACAUUCUAAUUUAAUUUUAAUAAAUUAAUUCUCAAUAAAGUUAUGAAUUUAUGAUGAACCAUCGUACUUACUAUUCCACGGGAAUGAGCUAUAACUCUGUACUCCAUAACGUUUAGUCCUAUAAUCGGGAAGAGAUCAAUUCAUCUGUGGCUAGGUUUCUCUCGUGAAUCUUCUUGCGUAGGGUUUUCUUUGUGCGACGUCUCUGCCGAUUGAAGCUUGGGGAUUUUGCCAUCUUCUCUUGAUGCGAGUGAUGUCAAUAACGUUCAACAGAAUUAGAGGUGGCCGUGGAUCUACGUCAGCUAGGGUUGCGAGGCAUGACUUUCAGAUGUUUGUUCUGGCUACUUUGGCCUUGUUGUCGGCUGGAAUGGAAGUUGCACCAGUAGCGGUUGAUCUAGUGUCCAGUUAAAGUGGCGAAAUGGGGCUACAAUCGACUGUUUGGGGAUUGGCGCGAUUAUUUUGGCCAAUUCAGUGGGUGGCCGUCUAGGAAGAUGAAGUGGUGAUGGUUCGUCACCCUCUUGAACCACCACCAGAGAGUGACAAAGAUGCUACGGAUUGAAAGUUAACCGUUCCAAUAUGUAUUUGGGCACCUGAAGAUUUUUUAGUUUUUGUUGUGUUAGUUUUCAUAAGUACGAAGUAUUUGUUUUUGUUUCACAACGCUUCUUUCAAUAAUGUUCUGGGUAUGAGGGGAGUUAGCUGUGUUGUAAGAGUGUUUAUCACCCCGGUCAGAAGCUUUGUGGCUUUAAAACCCGUAUUUGUCUUCAAAGCUCUCACAUGGUCUGCGAUUUGAUAUCCUCAUCUUAGGGUGACUAAUCUAUGUCUGAUCAUAGAGCUAGAGGAUGUUUGGAUUUUGAGUGUAGUGGUAGUUUAGGUUCUCAGUUUGAGUUUGAAGUACUUUUUGUUGCAGUUUAUUUUAAUAUAAGCAAGUUUCCUUUCAAAAAGAAUAACUCUGUACUCCAUUUAUCUGCAUAUAAUUUUUCAUUUUCAAGUUUAUAA